GUGUUCACGGAUUUGGUUAUCUUGUACGAAGAGCACGGUACGGUGUUACCGCUGUUACAAAAUAGCCGUUGAGGAUGUUGAGAUUGAAGGUGCCUUACCCUGCUUGCAGGGCCAUGAUGGAUCUUUGUUCUAUUAAAAGAUUUUCGACAUUACCAUCCGUCACUGCAAAAGAUGGCAAGUUGGAGAAACAAAUCGAUUAUAAGCAAUACUCGGAAGUUAUGGGUGAACAACUAUUUCCAAAAUAUUUAGCUCCUACCAAAGACUUCAGAGCUGAUUGGGCUCAUGAUAUGCCGGCUGAAAUUGACCCCGAAAACUGUAAAAAUGUGACCCCGGAGGAUUUGAAAGCGCACCAAAAGAGGCAAGCGAUUCGUGGAAGACUAAGGCGAGAAUUUUGGACAAAGAAGUAUCAUCCCACUAAUUGGAGAUAUUUUAAUCUUAUCACUUCCGAUCCUAUGUUUGCAAAGUUCAACAGAGUUAGAAGUGUUUACUACACACUGGAUGACCCAGCGAAGUGGUUGUCUGCAAAUGAUUACUUCAAAGCAUUUGUUGUCCUAAUACUCACUAUUGUGUAUUUUACUUAUAGCGAGUUAGGACUUCGAAGAAAAAUGGAAAAGAAUGUUCAUGCACUGCACCCCAGUAUCAAUAGUCGAGCCCAGAUGGACUAGUACAUAUCCUCGUGUGUGUGAAAAUAUAUGUUCAGGGUGGGCCAAAUUGAGGUAACAGUAAAUUGUUGAUAUUGUAAUAACUGUUGCCCUACUUUUGGCUCACCCUGUAUGUGUUAUACAUGUUUUUGCAUUUAUUUCUUUUCCAGUUGCAGAGAAAAAUAAACUCACUAUAUAUAGUUAGCAAACAUAAGUAAAUGUUUUCACCGCUUGCUGGUUUACAGAGUAUGACAAAACUCUUCAAAGAUAAUUGUUGAUAAAAACAUGUUUAAGCAAAAAUAUCUAAAAUUAAAAGCUUGUUGUGCCAUUACUUUAUCAGCUUAUGCACAGGGACUGUUGAUAUAGAACUUUUGUUUGUCCAUUUGGCACAUCUAUUAAUCGCAUGCUCAAACUAUAAUGUAAAAAAAUGAAUGUCAGUGGUUUAUUUGCCUUGUUGAUGGUUUUUCUUUAUUUGGAUAAAUAUCAUUUACUAUUGUAGUCUUGUAUUGAAAUAUUUCUGUCUUCAUAUUUGAAUUUAGA